GCCGGGGAGCGGGGUGUCAGCGGAACUGUAGUGAAAGUUUGAAUCCACGCAGAGGCAGAAGUGAUCACUGGGUGCCGGGUCAUCCGGACAGAGACCUCAUGAAUGGAAAUCGGAACAACAGGAGCCGUUGGAGCCCAAGCCCUGUUUUCGUUGCCACGGCGACCGGGCUAUGGCACUAUUGGGAAGCCCAUCAAGCUGCUGGCCAACUGCUUCCAGGUGGAAAUCCCCAAAAUCGACGUCUACCUGUAUGAAGUGGACAUCAAACCGGACAAAUGUCCCCGCAGAGUCAACAGGGAGGUGGUGGACUCCAUGGUUCAGCAUUUCAAGGUGACCAUCUUCGGUGACCGUCUCCCGGUCUACGAUGGGAAGAAAAGCCUCUACACUGCUAACCCACUUCCUGUCGCCACUGCUGGGGUGGAUCUGGACGUCACCCUGCCAGGUGAAGGCGGGAAGGACCGCCCCUUUAAAGUCACCAUCAGAUUCGUGUCGUUGGUCAGCUGGCACAUGCUGCACGAAGUCCUGACAGGUCGUGGCGUGUCCGAACCGCUGGACCUGGAGAAACCCCUCAGCACCAACCCGGUUCACGCCGUGGACGUCGUCCUCCGACACCUCCCCUCCAUGAAGUACACACCUGUCGGACGGUCUUUCUUCUCCUCCCCGGAGGGCUACGACCACCCGCUGGGCGGAGGGAGAGAGGUUUGGUUUGGUUUCCAUCAGUCGGUGCGGCCGGCCAUGUGGAAGAUGAUGCUCAACAUCGAUGUGUCAGCCACAGCCUUUUAUAAAGCCCAGCCAGUCAUUCAGUUCAUGUGUGAGGUCCUGGACAUUCACAACAUUGACGAGCAGCCCCGCCCCCUCACCGACUCCCACAGGGUCAAGUUCACCAAAGAGAUCAAAGGUCUGAAGGUGGAAGUGACACACUGUGGAACGAUGCGUAGGAAGUACAGAGUCUGUAAUGUGACCCGGCGCCCUGCCAGCCUGCAGACAUUUCCGCUGCAGCUGGAGAACGGUCAGACGGUCGAACGCACCGUGGCGCAGUACUUCAGAGAGAAGUACAAUCUGCAGCUGAAGUAUCCACACCUGCCCUGUCUGCAGGUGGGACAGGAGCAGAAACACACCUACCUGCCCCUGGAGGUGUGCAACAUCGUAGCUGGACAGCGCUGCAUUAAAAAGCUAACGGAUAACCAGACGUCGACCAUGAUCAAAGCAACAGCGCGCUCUGCGCCCGACAGACAGGAGGAGAUCAGCCGGCUGGUGCGGAGUGCGAAUUACGAGGCCGACCCGUUCGUCCAGGAGUUUCAGUUCCGAGUGCGAGACGAGAUGGCUCAGGUGACGGGCCGCGUCCUGCCGGCCCCCAUGCUGCAGUAUGGCGGCAGGGUGAGCUCUGAACCAUUUAUGCCCCAGCAGAUCAACCCUGCACUGUCGUUGCAGAACCGCACGGUGGCCACGCCCAGCCACGGCGUGUGGGACAUGAGGGGGAAACAGUUUCACACCGGAGUGGAGAUCAAGAUGUGGGCCAUCGCCUGCUUCGCCACCCAGAGGCAGUGCAGGGAGGAGAUCCUCAAGAGCUUCACUGACCAGCUGCGGAAAAUCUCAAAGGAUGCUGGGAUGCCGAUCCAAGGUCAGCCGUGCUUCUGUAAAUACGCCCAGGGAGCCGACAGCGUGGAGCCCAUGUUCAGACACCUGAAGAACACCUACGCCGGGCUGCAGCUCAUCAUCGUAAUCCUGCCGGGGAAGACGCCCGUCUACGCGGAGGUGAAGCGGGUGGGGGACACCCUCCUGGGCAUGGCCACCCAGUGCGUCCAGGUGAAGAACGUAGUGAAGACGUCCCCUCAGACCCUCUCCAACCUCUGCCUCAAGAUCAACGUCAAACUGGGAGGAAUCAACAACAUCCUGGUUCCACACCAACGCCCGUCUGUGUUCCAGCAGCCCGUCAUCUUCCUCGGCGCCGACGUCACUCAUCCUCCAGCAGGAGACGGGAAAAAGCCUUCUAUUGCAGCGGUGGUGGGCAGUAUGGACGCCCACCCCAGCAGGUACUGCGCCACAGUGCGGGUCCAGAGGCCCAGACAGGAGAUCAUCCAGGACCUGGCCUCUAUGGUGCGAGAGCUCCUGAUCCAGUUCUACAAGUCGACGCGCUACAAGCCGACGAGGAUCAUCUUCUACAGGGACGGAGUGUCGGAGGGACAGUUCAGACAGGUGCUGUACUACGAGCUGCUGGCCAUCAGGGAGGCGUGCAUCAGUCUGGAGAAAGAAUACCAGCCGGGGAUCACCUACAUCGUCGUCCAGAAACGCCAUCACACGCGCCUCUUCUGCGCAGAUCGCAACGAGCGGGUUGGACGAAGUGGAAACAUUCCUGCCGGCACCACGGUGGACACAGACAUCACCCACCCCUACGAGUUUGACUUUUACCUCUGCAGUCACGCUGGGAUUCAGGGUACGAGUCGCCCCUCCCACUACCACGUCCUGUGGGACGACAACUGUUUCACCGCCGAUGAGUUCCAGCUCCUCACCUACCAGCUGUGCCACACCUACGUCCGCUGCACCCGCUCCGUCUCCAUCCCAGCACCGGCCUACUACGCCCACCUGGUGGCCUUCCGUGCCCGCUACCACCUGGUCGACAAGGAGCACGACAGUGCGGAGGGCAGCCACGUCUCAGGGCAGAGUAACGGCAGAGACCCGACGGCGCUGGCGAAGGCUGUUCAGAUCCACCAUGACACACUGAGGACCAUGUACUUUGCCUGAAACCCCGCCCCCACGCCCCUCCACCUCUCCCAGCCACAGUCUUAGGGUCCGACUCCCUGCUGGUGCAGCUUUGGUCACUGGAACUCGACGGUGACGCCGGCAGCUACUGAGGCGGCGUGAGGAUGACAGAAGCCAGAGGGGGAGGAGCUACAGCCACAUUAUGCAAUCUGAAACCAGCCAAUAGUUUCUGUGCUCCGACCCAUGCAUCACUUCCUCCUCCACGUUUCCUCUGCUGUAUUUACAUCACCAUGAAUUCUCUCUUUUGUUUUCUUUUUUUCUAAGCCUCCAGAUUCAACAGCAGCUCAAACUUUUAUUUUCCUGUUUUUUUUGUCUUUAAAUCAUGGCGGAGCGGCGGGAAUCUAAAAACUGAUGAUUUUUUUGGUGCAUGGACGGGAACGAAGCCGAACCAGCGAGGACCGACUCGCUCCCUAGCCUCACGCUGAGCCUGACGUCGCUGGUUUAUAUAGUCGACGGUUUUACAUGUUUGUUUGUUUGUUUGUGUGUUUUCAACUUUCUAGAUACUGUACGUGUUGUUUGUCUGAUCGCCAUGGCAACCUGUUAGUCGAGUAACACUCACAAAAAACACACGAGCCUUCGUGGUUACUCUUCUGUCUCCCUUUAAGCCAGCGGCUCCUCGGUCUCUCACACCAACCCACCGAAUGAAACCUUCACUUUUUUAAGAGAAGCCACGAGCGUCGAGUCUCUGAGGCGCCGCGUGUCGCUCGGCGACUUUAAGUGCAGUGAAGAGGACUGUUAGAAAACAACGCCGCAGCCAUGAAAUGGACGAUUUUAACCUUCUCUGAGUGAUAGUUCAUCUUGGCACCGUGCGUUACACCAAACCUUUCCGUGUGUUUUAUUCCUCUUGCUAUUUAUGAGUUUCUUUUUUUCUUUUUUUAGAAUUUUAAAUGAACAUCAGUUUCAGCAAUAGAACAGAGAGGAGAGUUUGUAUCUUCUGACGACCACAAACCUUUUAGAUUUUUUAUUUCAGUUGUUCAGAAGAACUCGAGCAGUUUAGUCGUGAUGAACUCCUUUGGUGCAAUAAGGUGUUGGAGCAGAGAGAGCAGGUGCUGAAUGUUUCCCAUCAGUAUUCGUCUGAUGAAACGUUUGUUAUGAGAGUUUAGGAAAGUGACAAUGAACUUGGAUUCAGGAAUGUUCAGUAUUUGACAUUCUGAUGAAGGAGCGGGAUCAGCGACGUCUGAUGGUGACUGACGGACUAAAUAAAGUGCCUUGUUUGGUUUGAAGAGGGAAGGAUUUUAACGAUAUGUAGGUUUGAGUGUCUGUUAAUGAAUACUCUGCCCAGAGCAGAGGACUGUAGCUGAUCUGAGAACAGGCCGAGUGUGUGAGAGCAUUUUUAAUGUUUUGUUUUCUAAUGAUCAGAAACUAAAUUAUCUUAUGAUUUCAACACAAAAGACAGCAGCUUACAUUGAUUAUGAAAUAUCACAAACUAUUUUCUCCAAUUAUUAAUAUUUCUCACAAUAUACAAAAAUGUACUUUUUUUCAAGAAAACAAACUAUUUUCAUAAAACAAAAUCAAAUAUUUACUCGAGUCUCAGAAAUCUAUGAAACCUGUUUACUUCUCUGAUUUGUCCAAACACAAAAAAUGACACUUAUUAUCAGGCUAAAUCUAAGAUUAUAAUAUCAAACAUUUAAAAAUAAUUUCCUGUUUUUCUUGAUAUCACUAAAUACUUAAUUCCAAGCAUCCAACAGAUACUUUGGUCCAUCUUUGUUUUCUCAUACUAAUUAGUAUUUUUGUAAAGAUCCAAAGAACAAACUAAGGUGUUUAUGUUGAGAUCAUAAAGUAUUUUUGUUUCCAAGUGAAAAUAAAACAUGAAUAAUCUCACACAUGAUGAAUUUCUGAGCAGGUUUACGUUCAUCCAGGUGAGACAGACAGAUUCACUGGCGGGAGUCUCCGUUGAAAUUUAACACAUUUCCAAGACAGUUUUCCAAAUAUAUCUUUGUAUUUUGGAUAAAACGGAGUCAUUAUGCAACUACAACCAAACAAAUAUCAAUAUAAUGACGUAAAAGUGAAGUUACCAGGAAGAAUCCAGCAUUUUGAAGAGUUGAACGGUUCGACCGUGGUUUCCAGAGUUUUAGAAACAGUGUUUGUUGCUCAGCCCUGGAGGUUGUUGUCCUUCAUGACCGUGCAGUUUAAUCCAGAUGAAGCCUUCAGUUUAUCACUUGGACCAAACCAACGUGCCUGGUCAGGGUGAGGGUGGAGGACGGGAGGCGGUGGUCGUGGUGUCAGUGCUCUUACAGCGUCGUGCUAAAAGCCUCUGUACUGCUAACUGUGCUAGCCACAUGUCACCAGAACCAAACCUUAGCUGCUAUAAGAAAACAUUUAUAAUAUAAUAUCUCAUCAGAUACAUAUAGAUGAAAUAUAUGAGAGGAUAAUGGAGUUUAACUGCACUUAAAAGAUACAUGUGUUUCUGGUUGAUGGAGAUUGUUUCUCUGCUGCAGUUCGAACUGUAAGAAUAUCUCAGCAGAUCGUUUCCUUCUGUGUUUGUUGUCAUGUUGAAGCUGUUUCUUAAUGUCAGACAUUACCAGCAUUUGAUUUUACUUGAAUAGUUCUAGAAGUCGUGGGCAUGUUUAACAUUGCUGGUUAGUGCGCCGCCUGUUUCAGAGAGUUUAUAUAUGUAUAUAUGUAUAUGUAUAGUAUGGAAGAGGAUUAGGGCCAUGUGAAAAAACUUUAUUCAAGAGAUUAAAAAUCAGCAUUUUGAGAAAAUUUUAAUUUUUAAUGUCAGAAUUCUGAGAUUUAAAGUAAAAAAAAAAAAAAAAAAAAUUGACAUGGCCCUAAUCCUCCUCUGUAAUAUAUAGAGAGAGCCUUAUUAUGGAAAUCCCUUUUCCUGUCAUGAUGCCACUCACAGUAAAUCGACCUGCAGUCGCCUUUUUCCUCACAAACAGAAGCAUUUUUAAUCUGAACGGAGAUAUAUUUAUAUUUAAAGAUACUAAUGUAAAUGCACACCACUUAUUUUUUCUAACAAAGUCCUAUUUGAAGCAGAAGCUGUGUUGAAAUAUGGAAUUUAAUAAUCAAAGUGGUCUGUGAUCAUUUUUUCCAAAUUUGAUGAUGCAAUACUUGUGUGAAAAGCAAAAGCGAUGCAUUUGCUGCUUUGUGGAGAUUGUUUGCGGUCGUGUUGUCACGGCGAUGAACCAUCAACCCUCCUCCACCGUGACGACCUGAGACGACCUCCCUCCACUCUGUCAUUUUGUCAUCUCAGUAGCUCAGCAGAGAGGUGAAAGACUUUUAUUCUGAUGGGGUUUCAUAUGUUUCCCAAACUUCAUCAUUUUUUAAAAUUAUUUUUGCAUUUUCCUAAGAAGAAGAGGAGGAGGAGGGUUGAAAGUUCGUCCACCAGUCCGUUAACAGACUGUGCCUUUUCUGAUGGUGCUGAAAAAAAACAAGUAAAUCAAAGAAAUCUUAACAUUCAGAAAGUCUACAUUAACAAGUAUAUUGAUACAUGACAAUACUGUAAGGUGUGUGUGUGUGCGUGCGUGCACGUGUGUGUGUGUGUGUGUGUGUGUGUGUGUGUGAGUACCUCUGACAUAUGCCAAGAACACAUAAUAUGCAGAACUGAUCAGUUUGGAGCUGCAGGACCAAAAGGCCUGUGGGGAUCAGUUUUUAGUGGACGGGCACUUUGAAGCACAAACCCACAAACUUAGAUUUCUGAAUCAAAGAAAAUAAACUAGGGGAACAUUCAAGACUCUGUAGGUGAAGAGUAGUUCAGUGUAGACAUUAUGUAGCAUUAUUUAUUUAACCUUAUCUCUAUUGGGACGUGACCCCUCUAUUACUGCCUGUUUUCCUCCCUCAGAGUUUAAUUUAUGGUUCAUUCUCAGAUGAACGGCAAUAAUGAAGCAAUCAUUAAGUUUCUGUGCAGUCGGUUUGCCUGGCCUUCCCUCUGUGUUUGCAUGUCACUAUCAAACCUCUUUAUGGUUUUAGUUUUUCUGUAUCAAUGUGAAAUUUAGAAGUUUGCAGACUUGGGAUAGUUCUUUGAGUGCCCGUCUCCCCACAAAAACAAAUCUGUGGUUGGCUGCAUAUCACCACACUCAGAAACAAAAUGGAGGUUUGGGUUUCACAGUAUUUUCAUGUGCUUUUGUUGUUUUUUUGCCUGAUGAUGAAAUGGUGUCACUUUUAGAAGUAAAACAGUUUGUUUUUUUUGUCUUAACACUCAUCUGAUCCUGGUCCUAAG